AUGGCCCAGAAAGAGCUUAUGAUGUUCGGAAUAAAUCAUCAACAUCACACCCAGUGUUAUCAGAAUAUUCGGCAAGUGCUAAACCAGAGCCUGCUCAUCCAAUGCCAGAAUAUCCACCAGAUUGACGUGAACAAGCCCAGCAUGAAUACUCUACACCGUCAAGAUCUGCUUAUGUUGCUUCUUGAAGUUCGGCUGUAG